AUGGAAUGGACCAAUGAUAAUAGUGAUAAUAGUGAUAAUAGCGAUAAUAGCGAUAAUAGCGAUAAUAGCGAUAAUAGCGAUAAUAGUGAUAAUAGUGAUAAUAGUGAUAAUAGUGAUAAUAGUGAUAAUAGUGAUAAUAGUGAUAAUAGUGAUAAUAGUGAUAAUAGUGAUAAUAGUGAUAAUAGUGAUAAUAGUGAUAAUAGUGAUAAUAGUGAUAAUAGUGAUAAUAGUGAUAAUAGUGAUAAUAGUGAUAAUAGUGAUAAUAGUGAUAAUAGUGAUAAUAGUGAUAAUAGUGAUAAUAGUGAUAAUAGUGAUAAUAGUGAUAAUAGUGAUAAUAGUGAUAAUAGUGAUAAUAGUGAUAAUAGUGAUAAUAGUGAUAAUAGUGAUAAUAGUGAUAAUAGUGAUAAUAGUGAUAAUAGUGAUAAUAGUGAUAAUAGUGAUAAUAGUGAUAAUAGUGAUAAUAGUGAUAAUAGUGAUAAUAGUGAUAAUAGUGAUAAUAGUGAUAAUAGUGAUAAUAGUGAUAAUAGUGAUAAUAGUGAUAAUAGUGAUAAUAGUGAUAAUAGUGAUAAUAGUGAUAAUAGUGAUAAUAGUGAUAAUAGUGAUAAUAGUGAUAAUAGUGAUAAUAGUGAUAAUAGUGAUAAUAGUAAUAAUAGUGAUAAUAGUGAUAAUAGUGAUAAUAGUGAUAAUAGUGAUAAUAGUGAUAAUAGUGAUAAUAGUGAUAAUAGUGAUAAUAGUGAUAAUAGUGAUAAUAGUGAUAAUAGUGAUAAUAGUGAUAAUAGUGAUAAUAGUGAUAAUAGUGAUAAUAGUGAUAAUAGUGAUAAUAGUGAUAAUAGUGAUAAUAGUGAUAAUAGUGAUAAUAGUGAUAAUAGUGAUAAUAGUGAUAAUAGUGAUAAUAGUGAUAAUAGUGAUAAUAGUGAUAAUAGUGAUAAUAGUGAUAAUAGUGAUAAUAGUGAUAAUAGUGAUAAUAGUGAUAAUAGUGAUAAUAGUGAUAAUAGUGAUAAUAGUGAUAAUAGUGAUAAUAGUGAUAAUAGUGAUAAUAGUGAUAAUAGUGAUAAUAGUGAUAAUAGUGAUAAUAGUGAUAAUAGUGAUAAUAGUGAUAAUAGUGAUAAUAGUGAUAAUAGUGAUAAUAGUGAUAAUAGUGAUAAUAGUGAUAAUAGUGAUAAUAGUGAUAAUAGUGAUAAUAGUGAUAAUAGUGAUAAUAGUGAUAAUAGUGAUAAUAGUGAUAAUAGUGAUAAUAGUGAUAAUAGUGAUAAUAGUGAUAAUAGUGAUAAUAGUGAUAAUAGUGAUAAUAGUGAUAAUAGUGAUAAUAGUGAUAAUAGUGAUAAUAGUGAUAAUAGUGAUAAUAGUGAUAAUAGUGAUAAUAGUGAUAAUAGUGAUAAUAGUGAUAAUAGUGAUAAUAGUGAUAAUAGUGAUAAUAGUGAUAAUAGUGAUAAUAGUGAUAAUAGUGAUAAUAGUGAUAAUAGUGAUAAUAGUGAUAAUAGUGAUAAUAGUGAUAAUAGUGAUAAUAGUGAUAAUAGUGAUAAUAGUGAUAAUAGUGAUAAUAGUGAUAAUAGUGAUAAUAGUGAUAAUUGUGAUAAUAGUGAUAAUAGUGAUAAUAGCGAUAAUAGUGAUAAUAUUGAUAAUAGUGAUAAUAGUGAUAAUAGUGAUAUUAGUGAUAAUAGUGAUAAUAGUGAUAAUAGUGAUAAUAGUGAUAAUAGUGAUAAUAGUGAUAAUAGUGAUAAUAGUGAUAAUAGUGAUAAUAGUGAUAAUAGUGAUAAUAGUGAUAAUAGUGAUAAUAGUGAUAAUAGUGAUAAUAGUGAUAAUAGUGAUAAUAGUGAUAAUAGUGAUAAUAGUGAUAAUAGUGAUAAUAGUGAUAAUAGUGAUAAUAGUGAUAAUAGUGAUAAUAGUGAUAAUAGUGAUAAUAGUGAUAAUAGUGAUAAUAGUGAUAAUAGUGAUAAUAGUGAUAAUAGUGAUAAUAGUGAUAAUAGUGAUAAUAGUGAUAAUAGUAAUAAUAGUGAUAAUAGUGAUAAUAGUGAUAAUAGUGAUAAUAGUGAUAAUAGUGAUAAUAGUGAUAAUAGUGAUAAUAAAGAUAAUAGUGAUAAUAGUGAUAAUAGUGAUAAUCGUAAUAUUCGUAAUAUUCGUAAUAUUCGUAAUAUUCGUAAUAAUCGUGAUAAUCGUGAAAAUUGUGAAAAUCGUGAAAAUCGUGAAAAUCGUGAAAAUGUGAUAGUCAUAAUAAUCCUGAUAGAUCAGAUAAAUCCUGACAUGGUAGAAGAUAAUAGGGAAGAUACUUAUUGA